UGUGUUGAACUUUGUUAGAUUUUAUUUACGAUAAUGGAUACAUCUGCGGAACGUCAGUGACGUCUCUAACGUCACUAGACUUCAUUAAGGAAGAGGGGACGUAUGCUUUGUGCCUUUUUGCCUAGAACAUUUUAAUUUUUCACAUGAACUGCCCUUCGUACUUACUCCACAAUUGUUUAACUUGAAAUUAUCAAGAGAUAAUUUUUGAGGAUCACAAAAAUGGACAACAAAAGGUCACACGUCUUAAAAUCAGGGUCAUCUAAUCCAAAUUCUAGCAAUCAUUUAAGAAAGAACAAGAAAAGGAGUAAUCGGAAGAACUCGACUGGUAGCUGGGGUAAUGACAGACAAGUUGAACAGGAUGGAGGACAAGUGUCAGGUAUGGAAUAUGCUCAUAUGUUUUGGCAACAACCAGAGGUACAACAACAAUUGGUAGCUUCCAAUGGACAGCGUCUCUUUGCUACGAUGUCGGACCCAAGUGUUUGCGGAUAUUCUGCAAUGCCUAUGACGUAUACCAUGGAGCCUGUAUCUUUACCACCUGUGUACCAACUACUUCAACCAAUUCCAAGACCUAGUUACAGGCCUCUUCGUGGGAGGCUUAGAAGAAAUUUUGUUCAAUCUCAUCGAAUGGGAAGUCACAUUGGAGGACAUCCUUUAACAAAUGGUUAUUCCAGUUUACAAGAAAAUGAAUUAAAUUGUUCAGUAUCUGGUGGCUAUCAAAAUGGAGAUUAUGCCAGUUUACCACCAACCGCUAAUAAUGAUAAUGCAAAUGGUAGAGAAGAAUUAAGUUCUGAACAUAGAAGGUAUUCCGAUCCUGGUUUGGGUCCAGCAGAACCUUCAAAUAAUUCACAGAGCGAUGACUCGGCAAGUGUAGAAAGCGGUAGUUCAAUAACGACUAUUGGACGUAGCAGUAAACUUGUGUUAUCAUUAGUUGAACAGAUGACUGUACUUAAAGAAAGCAACAGCCAAUUAUUUAAAGAAUUACAUGAAACGAAAUCUGAUUUGGAAAAUGUUAAGUCUGAACUGGCACAAUUUAAACACAGUAACUCUACUGACUAUCAGCCUGGAAUGCUAACAGAUAUUGUCCGAGAGAUGAGAGAUGCAAACAAAUUGCGAGAGGAAAUACUGAUAAGUAAAGUAACAUCUACAAUUGAAGAGAAACAAAUUCCAAAGUCUACAGAGAUAGAGGAAUUGAGAAGCCGGCUGAACAAGAUGGCGGAGGAGAAGGUGGAGUGCGACAAGCGCAUCGCCAGGCUGGAGGAAGAGGUUACCGGGCUCAAGCUUCAUGCUAAUAACGAAGGUCGGGAGAUCGCAGCCUUCGAGGAGGAGGUCCUGGCUCUUCGUCGAGAGCUUCAGGAGGCCAUGGCUUCGAGGACCCUAGCUGAGCACCACGCGUCAAAGUGCGUAAACGCAGUAGCAAGACCUGUCACGCCUGUAACUUUCGAUACACCCUGUACAACCAGCACCCCCGUGCGUACCACCACGACUUCCACGUCACCUCCGACCUCGUCCACGUCCAGUUUUUCCUCCUCUCGAUCGACAGCGGCGAGUCGCGUUCCAGAAAAGGUUCAGCCGUCCCGGAAAGUCGCGAAAACGUCGGGACCACCUCGACGGAUCGUCACAAAUUUGGCGAAAAGUGCCUCUUCUUGCAACCAACGAGCCCGCAACGGCACAUCUUUGAGUUCCUCCCCCAAAUUUAUGGAAGACGGGUCUAGCUCGAGUAGCGGGAGACACUUUUCAUCGCCGACAAAUACAACUGCAGCAUGUGAAACCCCACGAGACGAUGACAAAUCUACAGCCGAGAAAAAGUCAAAAAGAAGCGUACUUAACGUUAAAAGAAUUGACAAAGAUAAUAAUUCUAGAAUCUCUGAGAACAUCAAUGGAGCUGGACAUAACGUCUCGGAAACGCCGAUUCGGCAGGAUAGAACGAAAGCCGAGAAAAUAACGGAAAAUAAUAGAUUAGUAAUUGCAAAUGGAGGUAUUAAUAAACAUGACAAAUUACAGGAAUCUCUAAAUUGGAGGACGAGCGAUCUUCUGAGGAAUUCUAAGAACAUUGGCGACGAACGUCAUUCUUCGACGGAGGGUUUUAACGAAAAUAUCAAUGUGGAAACGGAAAUUCAAGCAACAACGUUACACACCUCGAGGACGAACAGGGUCAAACAAGAGAUCGAACGCACAAUUCGCAAGACGAACGAUCCGAUUGUAGACACAACUGAUAAAAAUUCAAACUUGGAAAAUGUUGAGUCGAUCAGCUGUUCUACCGACAACGUCCCUGGAUCCGUCCAGUCUCUACAGUCAUCGAGGGACUCCUUGGAAAAUUUACGGAGAUGUAAUUUCGUAACCGCUGACUUAGAGACUUUAGGUAGUAUAAAUAAUGAAAUAAAAGAUCCCGGGGAAACGGGUUCACGUUCUAGCCCCAGUAGUAACACGAUUGGCUCUGUUAGCAGCACCGAUCCUCGGUCCGCCAAAUCCCCAGAGUCCAAGAACGCUUCCGGUGAGAGCUUGAAGCCUUGCAGCAGAUCGACUGUUAAUCGAUCGAUCGUCGAAGUACCCGACGUAAUCGUGAUCGACGGUGGCGAGAUGCCGAACUGCUCGACUCGAGUCCUAACGUCCAGAGUCCCGACAGCACCCUCACGUACCACUUACACCACAACCUACAUUUAGGGUUGCGUCCGCGCGAGCACCGCAAACUUUGGUCGUCGUGUCGUCAGGGGUUCUCAUGGGCUUACUAAGCAGCUACUCUGUGCAUAUCGAGAUAGCACGUAGGUUUCUCAUUCACUCAUCGUGCAUGCUUCUUAUUUUUCUCGCAUAUCCCUUACGUCGCUUUGCUUGCAGCAUAUUCUUUCGUCCGCCCAUUCUCGAGGUCCAGUUCCUUAAAUUAAACAAAUUACAACAGUCCCCAGAGCACGUCUUACCUAAUCAGAAAAGUAUUCAAUUGCCCCAGACGGAUCACGUUAAAUCAAAUCGGAUUCCUUUUUCGGAAAAAAAUGUGUAUGUUGUAUACAAUAAGAUAUUUUAUUUAUUCUUGGGACCGUUGAAAGGCGUAUUUAUUUCAUGUUUAGUCCUGUUUUCGUCCAUUCAUAUCCCAGGAACUUUAUGUUAAUUUCAUUGCUCUUGGUUUUAUCGUCAAAUACCGGGCGAUGAAAUUUAAAUUGAAUGGAUUUUUUGUGCCGAAUGGCGAGAACUGUAAUCGAUGUAAAAUUUGGUUUACCGAACGGGGGUCGUGGAAUUGAAGAUACGAAUAGCUAUGGAGCUUUGACUUCCAGCUUCCUUUUACUGGGAGAGUUUCCCGGGUCGAAACUAUUCUAAAUAAAAAUGUAGUACUUAGAACCAGGGGAUAACGUUCUGUGAAUAACAAGCCGAACGAUCGUAACGGCACUGUUGUCUGAAAGCAUGAGACUUCGUCAAAAUAAUUACUUAACAUUUGCGCAAUCUCGUAAGAAUUUUAUUAACGGAAUGUUAUUUGCUGCACAUUUGAAACCAGGACAAAAUUACGAAAGAAUUUUCGUAGCUACAGAGUUAUGCCAUGCGUUGUGUCGAGAAAUUCACCGACCCUUUCGCGAGUACGUUUUGUUGCAACAACGAUUAUCUUUUCUUCGACAAACGUAAGGAGCUUUUUUUCUAUGACAAUUGCAACGGUCCCGUAACGUAAAUUCUUCUUACAAUCACGCACGGUACUUCGCCGUGGAAAUUCUUCCGCACGUCCUGCGACCCGACAUUCCGGUACGCGGACGCGCGCGUUCACAAAUUCUUCGCAAUUCACCGAUACCUAAUAUUGACUCUGCGAAACGACGCGAAGACUCGACGGGAACGCGCCUCGGCGUCCUGUAAAUAAAGCAGAUAACUUUAUUUUAGAAUUCGCGUAAGAAUCCGAAUCCGUCCCUCGCGUGCACACGCCGAGGAAUUAUCCUCGGACAAGAGGAAAACUCUUGAAAGCAGGCGACGCUGAAUUUUCCUUGAAAUGUGCGGAUGAAUUCUCUGCUUUUGGCACUUACGCUACAGCUUUGCUCUGACGGUUUCGCUUUGCCGCCUUGCCGCUUUGCCGCUUUGCCGCUUUAACGAGAGCGCGAGGAAAAGACGAAGAAAGUGAGCUCCGUACGAGGAUGCCUUUCGAUCGUGUCGGGAAAGAAACGGGGCCAAAUACGUUGCCUGAUUUGUCAGACUGGAGAAGCUGGUCUGCAUACUCCGUAAAAAGAUGAACGGCGCCUCCAACGAGGAGACCGUGGCGAACAUCCGGGAACUCGUGGCGUCCGGGACGAUUCCUACGCCAACGUCGACG